AUGAUGCUUCAAUUGAGCCGUCUCCAAACAUCGGUCACCUACCGCUCGCUCGGUUUCCGACGUUUAGCCUCAUCUCAUCAUGGUUCAGACGCCAAUGUUGAAAGAAAACCAGAUAACUACAGGCCUGGAUCAGACUCAUAUGCUUAUGAAAAUCCUUGGCCAAAAUUGAAUGGUGGACGCUUGGAUUGGUUGUUUGGAGAUGGAUGGAGACGGCCGUUGGCUAAGGAACAAGGAGCCAAAAUGAGGAGAGAAUGGAUUUGGUUUUCUCAAGUAGCUCAUGAUGAACACAAGGAUUGGGUGCGAUUCCACCAGGUUGCAUUUGUCCUUUUUACAGUUCUCACUACCUGGUUUACAUGCUGGAUUAUGUUUGCGAAACCAGACUGGCCAAUGGGUCGCGAAUGGGCUCUUCGUGAAGCCCAUCUGGAAAUUGCGAGAAGGGAAAAAGCCGGACUUCCAUUGAUCAGUCCUGAUUUGAUCGCCAGAGACCGUGUUCUCGCCGUCCUUCCCGCAGACGAAGAGCUUCGUGACUUUGACAUUCUUAUCUAA